GCCGUCAGAUUGAGAUGUUAUAGAUCGAGGGGCGUUUUGGUAAUUACACAUGGCUUAUAUUUGAUAUUUCUCGCUAUAGCACUCGGCAGAGCGAUUUCUAGGGUUCUCGAUCUCUCACCCUCGCGCAGCGCCGGUGAACUCCAAAUCCAAGGAGAAGGAUGGAUCUGACUAACAAGCUAUACCUGGAUGACGAAGAUUCCCCAAUCCUGAAGACAAUCAAGGGCGCGACAACGGGUUUAGCAGCAGGGAUCAUCUGGGGCACCGUUCUUGCUACUUGGCACGAUGUCCCUCGCGUUGAGAGGCACGUUGCUCUCCCCGGGCUGAUUAGAACAUUGAAGAUGUGUGGGAGUCAUGGGCUUACUUUUGCUGCAGUUGGAGGACUGUACAUUGGUGUGGAACAGUUGGUGCAGCAUCAGAGGAAAAAGAUGGAUUUCGUUAAUGGCGCUGUGGGUGCCUUUGUUGCCGGAGCAGCUGUUUAUGGUUUCAAAGGUCGGAGCAUUCAAAGUGGAGUCUCUGCAGGAUCGAUUCUUGGAUUCACUUCAGCCAUACUGGACCUUGGCGGCCGGACAAUGAGACAGGACACCGGAAAGGUGUAUGAUCCGGUGACUACCAUCAAAAGGCCUAAUGUUAGAUAGCUUCUUUUAAGGAUCUCGGCGACUUAUAACCACCUCAACUCAGUAAGAAUAUGCAUUUCAAAUGUGCACGAGACAUCAAAGUAGAUGAAAGUGCUAAAUAAGAUCAAAGUUUGUUAUGAUCUCAUAUGACUUCCAUUUGCACAUGUUUCUUUCUUCCGGCCGCCGUUGGCUCAGUCAUUUUGUAGUCCAUCUUUACCUUAUUGAGUGUCCAAAUUAUGGAUCGAAUAAAAACAUUUUGAAAAACUUUGUGAAUCUACAUGUUAUGUAGUUCACCGUAUGAAAGAUCAACCCUUUGCUUGGCUUUGCCAUA